AUGUGGAUUCAAGGACCUCCUAAACCAGACUCUCCAGAGAUUGAGCCAUCAUCUACAUCAUCCUCACUCUUCCCUUUGGUUGCACCAGACGAAGAUGUAGAAGUUCGACAAGAAGUCGUCAAGGUCAUCAAAACGGACAUAGAGGACGUCGACAAACCUCCCAGGUCUUGGCUAGAACGGUUUGAGAAAUGUUCUAGCUGGACCAACCUGCUGUUGGCCAUAUCUCUCAUUAAACACAUAGCUACGUCAUUUAAGUCAAAACACCACAAUUGUGCAGGAUGGCACAAAUGUGACACUUACCGUUCGGUCGAAAGUCGUGCAGCAGCAGAAGUGUUUAUCGUCAGAGAGCUUCAAAGGGGAUUCUAUGGGGACAUCAGGAAAUGUCCAAAGGAACUAUCUCCCUACCUGGAUGAGAAUGGCAUAAUACGUGCUGGAGGAAGACUUAAAAAGUCGGAGUUACCUAGAGGUGAAAAGAACCCUAUCUUGAUACCUGGACGACAUCACGUCGCUACACUGUUAACUCGUCACUUCCAUUACUCUGUCCAACACCAAGGGAGACAUCUGACAGAAGGCGCUAUAAGAUCUGCAGGAUUUUGGAUCACUGGAGGGAAAAGACUAGUGUCCUUCGUGAUUCAUCAUUGCAUGAAGUGCCGUAGACUCCGCGGGAAGUGUGCUGAACAGAAAAUGGCGGAUCUUCCAACUGAGCGAGUGACACCUAGCCCGCCAUUCACAUACGUCGGCGUUGACGUAUUCGGGCCUUGGAAUGUUGUAACCCGCAGGACCAGGGGUGGUUCGGCAGCUAGCAAACGCUGGGCAGCGCUUUUCACGUGUUUGUCUUCUCGGGCUGUCCAUAUCGAGUUGCUUGAAGAAAUGAGCUCUGCAUCAUUCAUAAAUGCUGUCAGGAGAUUUUACGCUAUCAGAGGGAAAGUCGCCGAGUUUCGCUCCGACAGAGGUACUAACUUUAUUGGUGCUACUUCAGACCUGGGAGCUACAGCGAUCUUCAUUGAAGACCGGCAAGUCAAGGAAUUCCUUCGGGAGUCCGGUACAAUCUGGAAAUUUAACCCACCGCAUGCGUCAAAUUUUGGAGGAUCCUGGGAGCGCAUGAUCGGUAUCGCAAGACGCAUACUAGACUCAAUGUUGCUAGGCAGCAACCAUAAACUUUCGCACGAAGUGUUAUCCACGUUCAUGGCAGAAGUAACUGCAAUCAUCAAUGCACGACCAUUGGUUCCUGUUUCGACAGACACCGAUAACCCAUUUAUCCUUUCUCCAGCAACUAUUUUGACACAGAAAACUGGGAGUCAAGUAGAGUCGUUUGGAUACUUGGGUCAUAAGGAUAUGUUUAGAUCACAGUGGAAACACGUACAGGUGCUAGCGGAGAAUUUCUGGAAUCGAUGGCGUAAGGAAUUUCUACCAUUGUUACAGACUAGGAGGAAAUGGAAUCACGAAUCUCCAAACGUGGAGGAAGGAGAUGUUGUCCUUAUGAAGGAUGAACAAGUCGCACGCAAUGAUUGGCCUCUUGGCAUCAUCACUCGUACCUUUCCUAGUGAGGAUGGACUUGUUCGAAAGGUCGAAAUUCAAAUAUGUCGAGGGGGAAAGAAGUCAACUUUAGUCCGUCCGGUCACUCAGAUCGUGAUUCUCCUUUCAAAGGAUAAAGAGUCAGUGUAA